AGUAGCGAAGGAUGCUAUGUGGGAAAAGAUUAGUAUAACUGUUUCCUCUGAACUUGGGAAAGUCAUUGCAGUGCCCGAAUGUCGUAAGUAUUGGGAUGCGCUUCGAGAAUCCACAAGAGUUUACUUGGAUAGAUCAAAGCUCGAAAAGAUAAGCAACAAAUCAGGUGCCCCUGCUGAUCUUCUGGACCUGUAUAGCGCAGACAUACAGGGCAAAUUUGAUCUCUACCAAAGUCGCUGGCCAUUUGCCGAAGAAAUGAGCUUUUACAUCCCUUCCUGUGCUCGAACGGCAUAUACGGUAUCGCUUGGAAACUCAGGAGCCAAUACUAGAUUAAAAAAUCCAAUCGAAACUAGUCAGACAACUCACCUCGAAGGUGAAGAUUGGUCUCAAGAGUUUGAUGGUUCAUCGAACACAGACACAGCUUUCAUUAGCCCAUCUACCAGCGGACGAACGAGUCGUUCCCGGAAAGGAGACGAGGCUAAUCUGGAUAUGACUUUGAUUACACUGGCAACUUCCGUAUCAGAAUUUGUAAGUUCUCGCAGUUCUCAGAAGGAAUAUAAAUUCAAGGAGUUUCACGGCGAGUUGGAUAACAUCCUAUGCGAACUCCCCUUUAUCGAAGCUAUGAAGUUCAACAUCUGUGUUUUGGAACAGGCGAACGAACUGCUGGAGAAGUGUAGAAGCAAAAUGGAUUAUAACGUAUAGAGGAUACCUGCCGAUGCUAGUACUGAAAUGUCUCGCU